GUUGAAAAAAAAAAGUUUGAAAAGAAUCAGGAAAACACAUCGGGACAGGAGAUACAUUUUAUCUUUGAAGGAUUUGAUAUAUUUAUCAUUGUUAUUAUUCAGAAAAACUGAUGCAAGAUGCUCAUCAGAUGGGCUGUGACAUGGUUCCUGAUCCUAAUAGGUUUUAGGAUAACCACUGCAUUGACAACAACCUCAAGACUGAGUAUAACACCUGUGACAACAACAACGAAAGCAGUAACAACAAAAGUGGAAACGACAGCAGCACCUGUGACGACUGCUGAAACAGUGGCUGCGGAAACAACUAAACCCACAACAACAAAUGCAACAACUGCAGUCACAACAGAACCCACACCAACUGCAGUGACAAUAGCUGGUAAAACAAUAACCGAAGCAACAACACUAAAACCCUCAACAACUGAGACAAAAACUGCAGGAAGGACACCUGCUGCAACAACAGCAGAACCCAUGAUAGCUGAGGCAACAACUGCAAGGAAAACAACUACUGAAACAACAACAGAGUCCACAAAAACUGAGGAAUCAAUUGCAGUGACAACACCAGCUGGAAUCACAAAACCUACAACUGCAGCGACACCUGCUGAAACAGCAGCAGAAAACAUAUUGACUGCAGUGACUGCUGCUGAAACAACAACAACAGAACCCAACAUAGCAGAGAAAACAGCUACAGCCACUGAAACAACAACUACAGUCAAAACACUGGAUAAAACAACAACAUCAGAAACAACAACUAUAACCAUAGCUACAGCAGAAUCAACAAAUGCAGUGACAACACCAGCUAAAACUACCACCAUAGCUACAACUGUAUCAAAAGAUGGAGUGGAAACACCUGUAAAAACAACAAUUGGAGCAACAACAGCUGAACCUACUACAAGUGAUGCAUCACCUGUGGAAACAACAACUGCAGUGACAACACAAGCUGAAACUACAACAGAUACUACAACUGAAGUGACAACAUCCAUUGCAACAACCUCAAAAACAACAACUGGAGUGACAACACCUGUUGAAACUACAACGAUACCUACAACUGAAGCGUCAACUGCAGUUACAACACCUGGUAAAACAACAAUUGUAGCAACAACUGCUGUACCAACUACAAUUGAUGUGCCACCUGUUGAAACAACAACUGAAGUGACAACACCUGUUGAAACAACAAUUGUAGCAACAACAGCUGAACCAACUACAACUGAUACCCCACCUGUUGAAACAACAAUUGCAGUAACAACACAAGCUGAAACAACAACUGUCACUACAACUGGAGUGACAACACCUGUUGAAGGUACAACCACAGCCUCAACCAUUGCUACAACUGAAGCAAGAAUUGCCACGACAACAGUUGGUGAAUCAACAAUUCUAACAACAACAAUAGAAACCACUACAACAACAAAUGCAGUGACGAAUGCAGAAACAACAAACGCAGCGACAAAUGUGGCGACAACAAAUGCAGCGACAACGAAUGCGGCAAAUACUAAUUCGGCAACAAAUGCAGCGACAAAUGCAGCAACAAAUUCUGCAACAAAUGCAGUUACAAAUGCGGCGACAACAAAUGCAGCAACAACUAAUUCAGCAACAAAUGCAGCAACAAAUUCAGCAACAAAUGCAGUUACAAAUGCAGCGACAACAAAUUCAGCAACAAAUGCUGCAACAACAAAUGCAGCAACAACUAAUUCAGCAUCAAAUGCAGCGACAACAAAUGCAGCAACAACUACUUCAGCAACAAAUGCAGUUACAAAUGUGGCGACAACAAAUUCAGCAACAAAUGCAGUUACAAAAGUGACAGCAAAUGAAGCAACAACAAGUGCAGCAACAACAAAUGAAGCAACAACUGAUUCAGCAACAAAUGCCGUUACAAAUGCAGUUACAAAUGCGGCGACCACAAAUUUGGCAACGAAUGCCGUGACAACAAAUGCAGCAACAACUAAUCCAGCAACAAAUGCAGCAACAAAUGCGGCAACAACAAAUGCAGUGACAGCAAAUGAAGCAACAACUAAUUCAGCAACAAAUGCAGUUACAAAUGUGGUGACGUCAAAAUCAGCAACAAACGCAGUUACAAAUACGGCGACAACAGACUCAGCAACAAAUGCAGUGACGAAUGCGGCGACAACUAAUUCAGCAACAAAUGCAGUGACGAAUGCGGCAACAACUAAUUCAGCAACAAAUGCAGCAGCAACAAAUGCAGCAGCAACAAAUGCAGCGACAACAAUUGCAGCAACAAAUGCAGUGACGAAUGUGGCGACAACAAAUGCAGCAACAAACGCAGCAACAACAAAUGCAGUGACAACAAAUGCAGCAACAACUAAUUCAGCAACAAAUGCAGUUACAAAAGUGACAGCAAAUGAAGCAACAACAAGUGCAGCAACAACAAAUGAAGCAACAAUGUGGUGA